GCGCAAUGGAUCCGGAAAAGUUAAAAGUAGUCGAAUUACGGACAGAACUCUCAAAGCGUGGACUCGAUACAAAAGGCGUCAAGUCAGUGCUCGUUGAGCGACUUCGUAAGGCAAUAGAAGAGGAAAAUGCACAUCAAAUAAAUCAAGGAAAAACAAAUGCCAGUGCAGAAGAUACACAUGAUGAUACAGUUCAAGAAAAUGAUGAAAAAUCAACAAAAAUACCACAAACACCAAAAAAAUCUAGUAGAUUAUCUAAAAGUGCUCCUGUGAUGACACCAAAGGAAGACUCUGUAACAAAAAAACGAAGAACCACUAGAACUCCAUAUUCUAGAAGGAGGACAUCCCCCAAAAAAGCUGAUCAAAAUGAUAUGUCUCGUGAACCAUCUCCUACAGUAUCUGAAUCUGCUUUGCAAGAAGAAAUUAUACCGGAAGAAACUGCUACGCAAGAAGAAGCAGCUAUGCAAGAGGAAACUGCUAUACAAGAAGAAACAGCUAUACAGGAGGAAACUGCUAUACAAGAAGAAACUCGUGCCCAAGAAGAAAUUCUUAUACAAGAAGAAACUUUUGUUCAAAGAGAAAUUUUUAUGCAAAAAGAAAAAUCUUUAUCACCUAAAAAAGAUGAAGAAAAAGAAACAAAAGAAUUGAUAUCAAGUAUAGAAAAUAAAAAUGCUAGUCCUAUGGAAAUUAUAAAAGAAGAUGAAAUAAAAAAUAUUGAUCUCUCAGAAAAUAAUGAAAAUGAACAGAAUAUAAGUGAUUCACAAGUACCUUCUAUAAAAUCACCAGUAAAAUCCCCAGUGAGAUAUAGUGUUACUAAUAUUGCAUUUUCAAAAGAAUCAUUAGAUAAUGAAGAUGAUGUGAAUCAAAAACAAGAAUCAACAACAGAAAUCAAAACAAAUCUACAAGAAUUAGAAACCAUAGAUAUAAAAGAAAAAGACACUGAUUCAGAUAUACAAGAAAAUGAUAUGUCGACUAUAAUUAAUAAGACAUGUGAUAAGGCAAAUGAUAUAUUAAAAGAAAAUAUUGAACAUGAGGAUGAAAAUAUAGAAUCUGUAGAUAAUGAUUAUAUUGUAGAAUCAAUUAAUGAUACUAAAACUAUUGACAUUCCUGAAACAGAAGAACAAGAUUUACUUGAAGAGCAAGAUAUAGAUAUGAAUGAAAGUGAUGAGUUAAAAAUUGAAAAGCAGUUAAUUGAAGAUAAAAAUCUAUCUGGCGAAAUAAUAAUGGAUAGUGAUAUCGACAAAAAGCAAGAUGAAGAGGAUAUAGAAAUGUCAAAAAUUAAACACGAAGAAGAUACAGAUGUAGAUAUGAAAGAACGAGAUACGAACGACAUCAUCAGGGAUAGAAAGCGGAAAAGAUCUCCUAAUCCUUUAGAAGAUAGGCAUGAUUCACCUCCACCAAUUCUCACCGAAAAUGAACCAGAAAUUGAUGAUUCUGCUUUAAUAUUAUCUUGGUAUGAUUCAGAUUUAAAUUUGGUUAUUGAUAAGAAUGGAUUUUUUACUGCUACACCUAUGCAUAAUGAUGGAUUUUCACAUAUGUGGGCUGGUGCAAGAGCAUCUUACGGUUUUCUUUGUGGAAAAGUUUAUUAUGAAGCAAAAAUUGUAGAACAUUGUACCAUUAAUACAGAAAAUGAAGAACAUCCACACAUUCUCAGAAUUGGUUGGUCUACUCUUUAUACUUCAAUGCAACUUGGAGAAGAAAAAUUUAGUUUUGGAUAUAGCAGUACUGGUAAAAAAUUAACAGACAAUCAAUAUGAAGAUUAUGGACUUCAAUUUGGAAAGGAUGAUAUUAUCGGUUGUUAUUUCGAUGCAACAUCUGAAAAUAUUCUACUUUCUUAUACUGUUAAUGGAAAAGAUCAAGGAAUAGCGUUUAGUAUUUCUAAAGAAGAACUCGGUGACAAACCAUUAUUUCCACAUAUUUUGAGUAAAAAUUGUACUUUUGCAUGUAAUUUUGGCCAAGAAACACCAUGGACAGAAGAAAUUUUACAAGAUUAUGUUUCAAUCGGAAAUGUAGAAUCACAAUAUAAAAUUUCUGGACCACGAAGGCCAGAGAAAAAAGAUGAAUGUGAAGUAAUAAUGAUGUGCGGAUUACCUGCUUGUGGAAAAACAACCUGGGCAACAAAAUAUGCAACUGAGCAUCCUCAAAAGAUGUAUAAUAUCUUAGGACUCAGCAGUCUAAUUAAUAAAAUGAAAGAUCCUGGAUUAUCUUACAAAGAAGGUUAUGAAGAUCAAUGGAAAAUACUUAUUGAUAAAUGUACUGAUGCAUUAAACAAACUAAUGGAAAUGGCUUCUAGUAGAAGACGUAAUUAUAUAUUAGAUCAGACAAAUGUAUAUCCUUCUGCACAACGACGUAAAAUGAAAAAUUUUUGUGGAUAUCAGAGAAAGGCAGUAGUUAUAGUUCCAUCAGAAGAAGAAUUUAAGUCACGUUCUAUGAAACAUAAACCAAUAAAAGGCAAAGAGAUUACUGAUUCUAUGCUUUUGGAAAUGAAAGCAAAUUUCAGAGCUCCAGUUGUUGGUGAAUAUUUUGAUGCUAUUAAUUGGAUCGAACUUGACCAAGAAGAAAGUGGAAAACUUAUAGAAAAUUAUAAUAAAGAAGGGAAAGAAGCAGGUUAUGGUGAACAACAAAGAAGCAAACGGCCACGUACUGAUUCGAGAUCAGAGAAUGCUCAUGAAAAUCGAAAUGAUGUACGAAGUAAUCGUGAAAGAGAUAGUCGAGAUUAUCGUGACAGACGAAGCAAUUAUUCCGACAGAAAUCGUAAUCCCCUUUGGCGAGGUAAUAUGGGAUGGAGAGAUAGACCACAAAGAGGUGGACAUAUAAGACAUGGCAGUGGUUAUGGUCCACCGAUGUUACGGAGGAGAAGAGGAAUACCUAUUCCGCUCGUACAUCGUGGUAUGAACAGAAGAGGUGGUAACGGUGACAGAAGAGGAAGUGGUAAUGAUAGAGGUCGAGCUUUGAAUUCUCGACAAGGUAAUCGAUCAAGAGCUCCGAUAGGAAAUUACCAAGGAUCACAACAGUCCGUAUGGAGUCAACAAGGCAAUUGGUCAGGUGGCCAAUCUCAAGAAGGUUGGGGUCAACAGAAUAAUUGGGGAUCGCAACCGUGGUGUAACUGGAAGGGCUAUGGACAAGGCUCGUAUAAUCAAAGCAAUUAUAAUCAACAAGGUUAUGGUAAUGGAAAUUGGAAUAGUUGGAAUCAGCAGUAUUAUAAUCAGUAUUGGGGCCAGCAACAACAGAGCGGACAAACUACGACAACUAGUGGACAAGCAGCAAAUAAACAAUAAUCUAAUAGGAUUUAUAUAACGAGAGUGGAAUAAUAAGGCAAAAUGAAAAGCACAAUUGCUUUAUUUAAUGAUUCCACAGUGGGACAUAGAUUUAUCCUUCAAAGUGACGAAGAAAAAUAAAAACUCCAGGUCAUAGUGUUGUCGAUUCCGACUCCAUCGGUUUUGAUUACAUAUAAAUAGAUGGACAAAUUUUUCCACGACAAUAUAUUCACAAUUUUUGUUCGUAUAUUUUACAAUAUACGAAUUCCAAAGUUAUCUAACGCGUUUUUAUAACUCGAGCAACAAUUUAGAUUUCGUCGAGUGAAGGCACCGUUACACAUGCACCACGUGAAAUUAUUUUACGUUGCAAAAUGCAAUAUUAAAUAAAUUGUAAUAAUAUAUAAUUACGAUUGAAAAAUAAUCAUCGCGAAAAAGCACGUAACAAAAGAAACGUAUUCGUAUUAAAUACGUAGUUUUAAAUCGAAUAAAAGGGGGUAACGUAUAAAUAACGUCUUGUAACGACUUUUAAUCGAAAAAUCGAUCAAGAGGAAGAAUGUCACGUAUGGGUACACUAUAUGCAGUUAGAAUUAAGAUUAAAAUAUUUACAAUGAAUUAUCGCUCUCGAAAUAAACAAAUGUAAAUAUGUACAGAUUUUCAAACGUAUUACACAAAACGUUUACUGGAAGUCUGUUUAUAUAUUAAUAGUUAAAGUAUCAUGUAAUAAAAAAAAUUUGUUCUCGAUAAAAAGCGAGAGUGAUAUUGUAUAUGAUUUUGUCUUAUCUUUCUAUACUAAUGACAAUGUACAAAAAAAAAAGAAUAUCGUAUUACGAAUAAAUUAUUAUUGAAUUUGAUUUAUAUGUACGCGCAUUUUAUUAAACUAAUAAGGUCACCAGAUUAUGUUCUCGAAUUGGAUGUUAUAUUUUAUAAUGUAACUCUAUAAUCAAGAAUAUGCGAUUGUUACCCAACGUACUUCCUCCUGCUCCUUCUUCUUUUUCGUCAUCACUACCUUUUUCAUUAUGUUCUUUAACUACUCAUAUUUCUUUUCUUAUUCCCUUUCCCAUUCUUUCUUCUUCGCUUCGCUACAUUUUCCCUUGUUGUAACAAGUUUACAAAUAAAAACAUGAUACUCAUUUUAGUUUAUGCUUCUUAUUUCAAUAACACUGAAAAAUUGUUUCCUCACAGUUACAGGAUGAUUGUCUUUGUACCUCCUUUUUCUAAAAUACUUUGUACAGUUUGUGAGACUUCGAAUUAAGGUGUUUUUUAAGCUUUAAACAGCAUACAAAAAAAUACAAGUUUAAAACUUGCAAGAGUAAAAAUUGAAGUACGAAGAAACUCCAUCAUCGCACAUUACCACGAUUCGAAGUCGACCAAGAUCAAAUAAUAAAAUAUAACAUUAGUAUAUGUUAAUGAAUAAAAUUUGUUUUUCAUAUAUGAUCGAAUAAGAAUAAUUUCGCAAAAUUAGUUCAUAAUUGGAGAAUUUACUUGUUGACAGAAGUGUACAAACUUAUUCGUAAAAAUAAAAAAUAUCUUCUAUUUAUUUAGAGUUUAAAUUAUUUACAACCCAGAUUCAAUCAGCGCAAUUACCUGCUAGAAAUAUCCUGUAACAGUAAUUCAGUCUUCACGCACGCUUAAUAUAAUUGUCAACGUAAUCGACAAUGUUGACCUUGUUAAUCUACAAAUGUUGGUUUAAGUUAAUUCAAAAUGAUUUACAUAUACGCGAUACAGUUUGUUUAACGACAUUUGUAACGCAUUUUGUGUAAUUGCGCAGAUAUUUUAUCAUGCAAGAUUACCGAUAAAUCGUAAGCUCUUUUAAUUUUUUUACUGCCUCAUAUAAAUAGAUCUUUAUAAUUCAUUAAAAUAAUUUUCUUAUAUUUUGAAAUAAUAUCAUAUCUUUUUAUAAUUUAUUUCCAAAAAGAAAAAAGAAAAAAGAAAAAAUAUUAGUCAUUCAUUCGAGACAUACAUUGUACUAUUAAUCUCAUUUUUUCAUAGGAAAAAAAUAUAUUACAUUGAUAUUUUUUUUAAAAAAUCAUUCAUAAAUUUUUUUAAAAAAGAAUUAGAAUUUAAAAUUCUACUUUCAAUUCACUAAUUUCUACUUAGUACGAAGGUAGGCAUCUUUCUCUGUCAUACUACAAAAAAUCCAUUGCAUGGUGUAACUACGCUACAUUGGUAUGCUUCUAAAUUAUAUAAAAAAAAAAAAAAAAACAAAA